UAUUAAUAUUAUGACUCGUAUCGAACUUAUUGUUAGUCACGCUUCCCGAAGUGAGUGUUUAUCCAUUACCAACAAUAUUCAUUGGGUUGAUCUACGUGAUUUCAUAUUUGAAUCUUUCAAGAUCUCUGUUACUCAAGUCUUUUAUCGGGAUAUCGAAAAUGAUAUUAUUACUCUUUCAACUGAUAGUGAACUGAACAGUUUGAAACAGCAAUGUACUACUGGUAUCAUUCAUUUGUAUAUUGAUCCUCUUCAAGCAACCCAAGAUGUGUUUGACAAUACAAUACAACUACACUCUCGACUCGAAAAGACAAACGAAAAGACGCCAAUAGAAGAUGAUAAAAUUCGAACGAACCAUUCUUUUGCGACACAAUUUGAACAAUUUGGAAAACUGAUGGAUCGAUAUCAGGAUUUAUUUCAAAAGAACCCUCAGGCGAUGAAACGGAUGCACCAAGUUGCCACUCAACUCAUUUUUCGACAAUCGACUGUAGACCUUACCGUAAUCGAAGACUGGUUGGAACAACAAAAUAUAUCAUCUACUACCACCAAAAGCUAUCGAUCUUCUUUACCUCCUAGUAUGUCACUUUUUUCUGAUAUGCCAAGCUCAACAGAUCUACAUGGAAAAUCUUCCAACAUUAUUCCAAAAAUAUCAAGCUCAGCAACUUCAUCACUGCCAUCAUCAUCAUCACCGUCAUCAUCAUCAUCAUCAUCAAGGCUAUCAACUUCCAAUUUGCCCAGUAAUGACAAAGAGAAGAAUCAAUUAUGGAAUAAUAUACAAUCAGUUGCUCCUGAUGAAUUACCACCUUCGUAUGACGACCAUAUGUCAUCCUCAUCACAUCAUCAUUCGGAAGAAAAGAAAAGGAUCAACAGACGACAUACUCAUUAUGGCUAUCUAUCUGAACAAUCGAUUCCAACAUCUUCAUGGGGAGAAUGGCCAGCCUAUUCUUCUCUACAUCCACCGCCAACAGCAUCUCCUCCAUCAACAUAUACUACUGAUCAUCAUUCUUCUUAUCAACCUUCUCGGUCGUCUCAUUUAUCAUUAUAUCCACGUCCACCUAUUUUACCAACCAUUUUGAAACAAACAAGUCGUAUAUUAUCCCAUUGGAUGCCACCUUUACCAUCCUCAUCAGCAACGAUCAAUUCAUCAAGCAGUCGUCAUCCAAUUGAAACAUUUAGUAUUGCAAAGGACAGCUCACGUUAUCGAGACGAUGGUGAUAACAUGACCAACACUACUGACAGGAACAAAAAGGAAAAGAAGCAAAAGGAACGACAACACGAAAAUGGUACAAAUGAUGAUGGAUUUGGAAAUCAGUUUUUGGAACGAAGACGAGAACGACAAUUAUGCAAAGAGCAACAUAAGGCGCUCCGAGGACAACAAAAGGAAUUGGAACGAACGAUGCGACACUUGCGGCGAUUGGAAAAAAGGGAACGAAAGGAACAGCGAAGGAAUCAUCGAUACACUCUACAAUCCGUUGAUUUACGUCGAAAAUCAUCUGUAACCUCACUCUCAUCUUUGUCCUCAUCAUCCUCUUCUAUUUCAACAUGUUCAUCAGUGACCACUCUUUCCAACGACAUAUUUGAUCAACAACGACAGCAAAAACAAAAUGCAACCUAUCCCCCUAUUCCUUCUUCUUAUAUUUGGGAUAAAUCGGAUCAUCGACCACAUGUUGAACCCAGCACAACCAAUGAAAUGACAGUGUUGACUGAUACCUUCCAACAACUUCAAACUACCAAUGACAAAACAACAACAGAAAAAAAAAUAGCAUAGUUUAGUGAAUAUCCCCUCAUAUAUAUUUUGAAAUAAAAAAUGAAAAUAUUUUUAUUGAAAA